AUGGCGGAUCUGCCAAGAUGUUCCUUCGUCGUCUGCGGAGUGACGCCUCCCACCCAGACUCUCCCCAUAUCUCUCUCAAAUCUCCUUUCCUCACACUCCAGCGAAUGGCCCACCCGCGAGCUCAUUCUUACCUUCCAAGAUAUCUAUAAAUCCCUUCCAGAACCUGCCAAAGUCGAGAACAAUGAAGCAAUUCGUCGUCUCCGGAUACAGAUCAAGGAAGCUACCCCCAGUAUCGCCGAAUUGAUAGGAACCGACAACCGCGCCGGCUUCAUCGAUGCCAGUACAGGUAAAAACCUGACACAUCUUGCUAUCCGCCAAUUUGUACAAGGUUUCCAUAUCCCUGUGAGGUCUUCCUCCAAUGGAAAGCCUCGAGUGGCUGUCAUACUGCCUAAUGGACUCCUCAUGGCAGUUGCGGUUUUUGCCUUCGCUAACAGGUAUACAAUUGUUCCCAUGGCGUCAAAUACGGUGCCAGAGCAACUGCACAUGGAUGUUGAACAAGUGCAAGCUGAUGCGGUUGUCGCUUUGGAAAAUGAUAUUGAAAAGUUGAAACUAGACAACGGUGUUCGUCCAAUAUUUGGACUUGAACAGCUGGAAGACUUGACUUUUCGCGUUGUUUCAGAAAAGCACAAUUCAACUACAUCAAGUCUUACGCCAAAUGUUGGGGAUGACAUUGCAAUCAUCCUCUUUACUAGCGGCACGAGUGGCAAGAAGAAAUUGGUGCCAAUCACAACCUUUAAUCUCAUCGCGGGUACGAUCGCUACGAUGGAGUCUGUAGAACUGUCUGAGAAGGAUACUUGCCUUAACAUGAUGCCGUUAAACCACGUUGGAGGUAUAAUGCGCAGUAUUCUUUCUCCUAUUCUCGCCGGUGGGGCUACCGAUAUGCUGUCCGUCCUUCGACCCCAGCAUGUUCUGGGAUGCUGCGCAAUCACCCACCAUGACCCCUACAUGAUGAUUCUUGGAGAAGCCGAGCACCGUCCUGAUGCUGUUCGUCAAAGUGCCAUCGAGUUUAUCUGUAACGCCGGCGGUGGUCUACCCCCAACGCUUGCUUUGCAACUUCGUGAAGCUUUCAACUGCUCGGUCCUUCCCAGCUAUGGAAUGACUGAAUGCAUGCCCAUCGCAGCACCACCAAAAAACUACACUCUUGACCGUCCCGGUACAUCUGGACGAAUCGUCGGUCCCGAAGUUGCCAUUUUAAAUGAUGGAAAACCAGUCUCGGACCGCGGGACUCUCGGACAUAUCUGCGUUCGUGGAUCACCUGCCUUCGAAGGAUAUCUGACCACCGAGGGCGAAAUUGAUACAAGUGCUUUUAAUGAGGCUGGUUGGUUUGACACCGGUGAUCUUGGAUACCUUGACCCCGAGAACUACCUUUACAUUACCGGUCGGAGCAAGGAGGUCAUCAACCGUGGUGGUGAAAUCAUUUCUCCCGUCGAGGUGGAAGACGCAGUUCUCACUGCAGCCAAGCAUCCCGGCUCUCCGCUAUACGGUCGCGUCACUGAGACCCUGGCCUUCUCUGUCCCUGAUGAAGUACUCCAGGAGGUGGUGGGAAUUGUUAUUGUGACGCCCCCAGGCACACCCAGGCCAGAUAUCCGCCAGCUGCACGAAUCGCUACAGCCUGUUAUUCAUCAGCCCAAGUGGCCCGCCUUAGUGGUAUAUAUGGAUCGUGUGCCUAAGUCCAAUAACAAAAUUCAGCGCAUUAAGCUUGCCGAGCGACUUACACUGGAGUCGUUGACACCGAAGACACCCCUCGGAGAUCGUCAUUACGAAGCUGUCUGCCCACCCAACGGCACUCCCUUGAGUACUUCGAUUUCAAAACAAAAAUGUGCUGUUGACCGCAACACUGUUCGCUCCACUUUGGGAGAGAUUGCUAAGGACUCUGAAGUGCAUAUACAAAUCAACGAACGUGAUGGAUUCGCCCAAGCUGUUCUCUUCGUCGACAACCCGGACAACUAUCAAUUCACUCCUAAUGUCCUUCACGAGCAGCUUGAUGGCUAUCUUGUCCCCUCCCGCAUCACUACUCUGAAGGGGCCCAUGCCCCUCGACUUCUACGGAAAACCUGACCAGACAGCCAUUGACGAGGCUAUUCGCGCCCAAAACUCAGAUGGUAGCCUGUCACCCAUCCAACGUCGGAUCCGCGAAAUCUUCGCUAUUGCCCUAUCUUGCGCACCAGAGGAGAUAUCUGCCAUGACUGACUUUUUCACCGCUGGCGGCGAUAGUCUGAGCGCAGGUCGACUUGUUUCGCAACUCCGACGUGAAUUUGGGAUCUUUCUUGCUGGGGACAUUCUCUUCCACCAUAGCACUGUCGGUGAAAUUGAGUACAAAAUCACAGAAGCCGUUCAGAUCAAGGCUGCUAAAGGCGACGAAGGGGAGAUCGAAUUACCCGGCUGUGAAAAGACAUACAGCAGCACAAACCCGCUAGUUAUGGUCUUGCAUCUUUUCCCCGUUCUUUUCUUCUUCCCAAUGAAGCGUGCCUUCCAAUGGCUUGUCUUCUCGUAUGUCGUUGCCGAAGGCACACUGCGCUUUCCCAUUCGCGAUUUACUGAUUGGUCGAUUGAUUUUGAUUGUUCUGGCUGUUUUAGCUGCCCGUGUCAGCGGUCAGAUUGUGACUCCCAUCUUCACGAUUCUCUUCAAGUGGCUUGUUGUCGGCCGCUACGAGGAGGGUAUUUACCCUAUGUGGGGACCGUAUCACACUCGGUGGUGGUUGACCCAGAAGGCAGUGCAGGUGUUUGGAAAAGGAAUGUUCAAUCACUUUAAUUGGUCUCGCGUGCUGUUCUACCGUCUGCUUGGCGUCAAGAUUGGUAAAAAUGUCACCAUACCCCCAUCUGCCAAGCUUGGAGAGUAUGACUUGAUUGAGAUUGGUGACAAUGUCGUGUUGGAUACCUGUCAAUGCCGUCCCUUUGCUGUGGAGCGCAACACAUCCAUGCUGCUCAAAAGAAUUCGCAUUGGUAGAGAUUCUUCCAUCGGUCUUAAGUCAAUUCUCGCCCCUGGCGCCGAUAUACCGGAGAACACCUGCAUCGGCCCCAACUCGUCAAGCUGGGAACUUCAAGAUGCCGAUGAGUCAAACCGGGAUUUGUUAAGCUCUAGAAUUCCUCAGCCACAUUGGAUAUUUGCCCUUCUGGUUGUUACUCCCAUCCAAAUUCUGGUCUGGGUCGCUGCCCGUCUCACAUGGAUGGGUGGUCUUGUACCGAUGGUGAGGCAGUUCCCGGUUGCCCAACCUGACAUGUUCCUGGCAACUCUGCAAUGGUAUACCAGUGGCCAGCGAAUUGGCUUCCACAUUGCUGCAAGGAUCUGUCGUGCUAUUGGUGGCCCGAUCGUGCUCUUCGCAUCAAUUCUGAUCAUCAAAUUCCUGCUCGAUCUUAUCUGUGGCAAGCCCAAGCCUGGUCCUGCUUCUAAGCAGAGUACUUUGCAGAAGAUUCGCACUGGUGUCCUAGCAGAGAUUCUCCCAUCUGGGGAUAUUCAUGAGCUUACCCGUCUAAUCGGUCGUCACUAUGAAUUAGUCUCGAUGGCUAUCCGUUCCCUUGGUGGCAAGGUCGGGAAGCGAAUCUAUUGGCCCAGUGUAGGCCCUUCACUCCCCGACUUUGAUCUCAUCGAAGUCGGAAACGAUGUUGUGUUUGGAUCCCGUUCGACCCUUAUCACAUCGGAUGGCUAUGGCCGUGAUCGUGUUGUUAUUGGUGACGGUGCCAUGGUUGGUGAUCGCGUGGUCGCUUCCCCUGGGGUCACAAUCGGGCGUGAGGCAAUGAUCGGCUCCGGGGCCUUUCUUCGUCGGAAUGGCGAUUAUCCAGCGAAUACCAUCUGGACCGGUAGCAAAGGUGGUGAUGCUGUGCAAUUCCCAACUUCGUCCUCGGUGCCCAUUUCAACUGCCCCUACUGUUGUUGGUAGCAGCAGCAGUAGCACCGAUGGCGAUAGCAGCAGCGACAACGAGAAAGGCAUGGGAAAGAAGACUCAAAAUGAGAAGCAGACCGUUCCGAAUAUCACCGAGGCGGAUACCUGCAAGCCCUUUGGUCGUGCUUUUUACCGGAAGGAUUCUAGUUACUAUGUGCUACGCAUCUGGCAGAUCGUCAUCUAUUCUGUCCUGUCGGUGGUUGUCGUGACUGUUUACUGGCUCCUGAGUGUAGUAUUUGCUCUGCUAUGUCUCCGGGCCUGUCUCGAGCAUAGCAAUGCUACCGGACUCGAUAUCGGAGCUUGGCGGCCAUUUGUCUUGUAUGGCAUACUGGCCAGUUUCUUAUCCGCCAUCAGUUGUGCCCAGGCCUUCAUCGCUUUGGGCGUUGUCAUAUGCGUCAAGUGGAUUGUCAUGGGCCGUCGCAAGGAGGGCGAAUACCACUGGGACAAGAGCAGUUAUAACCAACGAUGGCAGUUCCUCCUGUCAUGCGAGACACUCAUCAAGGACUGCUAUGGCGGAACCGGUCUCCUGCCUAUGAUUACGGGCUCGGUCUAUAUAUCCUGGUAUUACCGCCUCUUGGGUGCGAAUAUUGGAAGAGAUUGCGCGAUCCACGCCAAUGGUACGCCGAACGUCUACUUUACCGAGCCUGACCUUCUCACACUCGGUAACCGCGUGGCUGUUGAUGAUUGCAGCUUGGUUUGCCAUCUGAACUCUCGUGGCGAGUUCGAAUUACAUACUCUGAAGGUCGGCGACCGGAGCAUUUUGCGUGCUGGAUCCCGCUUAAUGUCGGGGGCUUCGAUGGGACAAGAUGCUUGUCUGUUGGAACAUACUUUGGUCCUGUCGGGUGACCAUGUAGAGGAUAAAAGUACACUACAGGGAUGGCCUGCCGAAGGGUUUGAAGGGAAGCGGGUAUAA